GGCAGCGGGCGGCAGUCCCGCACAGCCGAGAGGGCCGCGAGGGUCGCCCACGAGAGCGAGGGAGACAGACACCGGGCGGGGCGGACCGCGUGGGUGGACCGGCGGACCCGGUCCAGGUUAACGUCGGCGAGGAUCGUCGCGUGUCCGCGUAGAGGGGAGGCGCCGCGCGAAUACGAGGACGCCGUCGAUCGAGUGCGCGCCGAGCGGGCCGGGCUCAUGUGCGUGAGCGAGGCUCGGCCCACGCGGCCCUCGUCCUUCAGCGGCGCGGGGUGCACGCCGUGCUCGGGGUGCAGGGUCUCGGACCUCAGCGCCUGCGCCAAUGGCACCAAGCCCAUGGCCGCGGAGCACGCCGCCGGCGGGGGCUCGUUCGGCUCGGGCCCCGGGGGCGGUGGCGGCGGGGGGCCGCUCGGCCUGUCGGGCAGCCUGGGCCCGGUGGCGUCGCGCUGCCCCUCGGCGCGGCUGCGCGUCGAGAAGAUCGAGGGCGGGCUGCUGGUGGCCGGCGUGGUCGUGGCCGCCAACUGCCAGCUCGCCCUGCCCGCCUUCGGCUGCCUGUUCCUGCUAGCGGGCUGCGUCCUCACAGCGGCGUCGUAUCGAGGCCCUGGGUCGGACGAGGGCCCGGAGAACUACGCGGCGCGCAUCGCCUUCACGGGCAACUCUCGGGUACUGGGCCCGGCGUGCCUGAGCGUGGGGCUGCUGAUGCUGCUGGCCGGCGGCGCGCUCUGCCUGCUGGCGCGGAGGGCGCGGCGACGGGAGACGCGCCUCGCCUUCCACUGCCCGCUGCACGGCGACUUCUACCCGCUUUCCCCCAUCACGGCUUACGGGCCGCAGCGACGAACACAUGCCAAGAGCUGGCUGUGCCGGUGGUGGGGACGCUCGUCCAAGACGGAGGUGGAGACGACCACGCCGAAGUGUCCGCACUCGACCGUGUCCAGCUCGCGGUCCAGCGUGUCCUCGGCGCCGCCGUCACCCUGCCCGACGCCGCUGCCCUUCCUGGUAACGGAGGGUUCAGUGAGUGGUCUCGUCGCCUCGGCCGGCGCCCUCGUGUCUCCCGACCAGACCUUCGGCUCCAUCCGGUCGCUGAGCGUGAGCAGGGAGGUGGCCAGCUUCCCACUCUCCAGGACGCCGAGCCCGCCCUCCACCAUAGAGCGCAAGUCGGGUUCGCCGUCACCGCCGCUGUCACAGCAGCCGCAGUCGUCGCACGUGGACGAGCUGAUCCUGGCGACGGCGCGCCGCCUGGAGCUGCCACCCCUGGUGAGACAGGAGGUGACCCUCGUCAGUCCGGGGUCGUUGGUGAUGCCGACAUCCUCGGCCAAGUCGUCGUCGGGUUCCAUCCUGGCCUCCGGUCAGGCCGCCGGCUUCGUGUCGUCGCCGUCGUCGGCCUCAUUCCCGCAGACCGCCGAAGUCAGGGGUAGCAGUGGCGGCGCGCGCCCGACCUCGGCGACGAGGAAGUCGGUCUCGAUACUUCUGCCGGAGAAGGGCCACGUCUGACGGCGCGGAAAGCCGAGCGUCUCUUGUCAAUUUCAUAUUGUGUUGUGUAAAUAUUUGUUGUUUUUAUGAUGUAGUGUGUAAACGCCGUUGGCGUGUCUAGUGUGUGAGCGUUAUCUUGGGUGAAUGAAAGAGUGAGGCUGAGUGUGACAUUGUAACUGUAAGGGUAGGCUUUAGUGAGGAAGGACAUUUCGUCGAGGAAAUUAUUGACUAGUCAAAACGUAAAUAAUGGAGGACGACUGCGAAGGUAGACAGCGCGGAGAAUAUUCGUACAUUACAAACAAUUUUUGUAUGUGUGCUCAUGACAUUGUACGUACAUUCUCUAAACGAGUAUGGCGUGAUGGGGCGUCCAUAAGCAGUGAAAGGCUGAAGUUUUGCCUUGCGUAACAUUUUCUUUGAUAAAAGAAGAGUGUGGAAUUGUCCCAAAUGCACUGGAACAGUAAGUGUGUGAAUAUCGCACAUUUGUAGGUGUGUGAAUGCCAAUUCGUACACUUAAGAGAGUUACGGUGUGAAUGUUCAUUUUAAAUUCACCCAUGUGUAAGAUUGUCGUUUACACACACUCGUACAAGUGUGUGACGUUCACACACUUCGGUUACAGGUAUGAAUUUCGAGAAGAAUUUAUUUCGAAACAAGCCACUAGUUUCAAGAAUAUACGGGCAUUAAUAGAACAGAAGUUGGUUUAAAGUACUGCACAACGUAGUUCCCUGACGAUAGGGAAAGCUUUGUUGCUUACAACUGAUCGUUCCAUCGUUUUAAAGAGAAAAACGAAAGCGCCGUCGAAGGACUGCUGGUCUUCCAUAAUUUUUGUGAACUAAAUGCCAUUUACGUUUGAUGGCCUUUGCCCUAGAUCGUGUUGUGAUAUUUUGUUAGGAAGUUUCCUUAAGAGACAAGAGUCAGAUUUUAAAAAGGGAUAUGCGAUCGAGGUCACGUAAGUUACUAUGUGUUAAAUAUAUGAAUAAUUUUUAGCAUAAAAUCGUUUGGAUGGCGUUGUAGUCCACACCACACUGGUUUAAAUCAGAGCCACGUAGGGCUGAAAGGAUUUGUCUUCACUUCUUUUCCUAGGUUCGCCAGUUGGCUUUUGUUGUUUUCUUCCUUCAUAUUCAUUUUCGCUCUCGUAUUGUGCGGGAACUUUCGCUUUCCUCGACAUCUGUGUGAUAAUAUGUCGUUAGUCCCGUUAGUCCCGCAAUGCGGAAGGGAAACGAAACAAGCACCUGAAAAAUACUCAAAUGUGUAAUUGUAAAUAUACUGUUGUACGGUUGUACCAUAUAAAUUGUUGCCAAUUUAAAGCUCUUUAGAGCGUUCUUGAAUUAAUUUGUGAACAUUUUUCAUGGUAUGCACCUUGACAUUGUCACCAUUUUUUUGUGUCGCUUUAAUUAUUUAUUUAAUCGUAUGGCUGUUAGUCGCCAUCGGCGAUUACAGCUCAUAACUUUUUCAACGUGAACGUUAAACGAUUUUCUCUUGGUCACUGCUAGCGCUCACGGUGGAAAACUGAUGAGAGCACAAUAUUUCACAAACCACCUUCAGACACAACCAUUCAUUUUCCGUUUUACAACUGCUUUCAAUCAUUUCUUUCGUAAAAAAUUGUAAAAUUAUUUUUUGUUUGCUCAAACUAAAACAGUAUUUGAAAGGGCUGGAGACUGCUGCUAGAUACUUCCCUUAGUUGGUAGGUUUUGAGUAACAUCUUGGUUAUCAAAAAAAAAAUUAAAUAAAAUCGAAAUGGACGUCUAAAAUAAGUUUGAAUUUCUUUGUUCCUAAACAUUCAAUGAAAUUUAAGACUUGUUUCUCUAAUCUCUCCAGUUUUCGAGCAUGUAUGAGUUAGCUGCAAAACUAGAAAGCAAAACUUUUGGGAGAACCGAGACGGCCAUUUCUUCUUCUCAAGUAUUUUGAGACACUUUUCAACUCUUGCUUGAAGUACUUACAUAUCAAUUUACGAAAACAGCGCACAAUUCGAAUCUAACCCAAAUUGGUAUUCCUAUUUCAUUUACAAAAGGACGCGAUUUGUCAUAAUAAGUCUGUAAAACCUGUGCACUGGUCGAAAGCAAACCAUCUUUAUUUCUACCGCCAAUCUGCGUUGAAAAUUAGUUCCGCUCGAUCUGAUACUGACAAAUUUCUACUGGCUUUAAUACUGUGUGUUGCCCCUCACAUUAAACUACACACAUGAAACCUAGCCCCAUAAACCGAGUUUUGUAAAAGGUCAAAUUGUUAGUUGCUAAGUUUGGCUUGUUGGUGAAGAAGGUAUUGGAAAAAGAAAGGUGGUCGCGUACCCCAGCAGCGCCAACGAACGCGCUUUAGUGCGUGUAGAAAAGCUCUCAAAAUGUACAAACGCAUUUAAUGCGCAUAAUACGCAUUGAAUGUACUUACAUUGUAAUUUCAAAUGCGAUAAUGUUCAUAAAAUUUUCUGCAAUAAUGGUCCAAAUACGAUUUCCACUUGUCACUCUACCAAUGGAUACCACUAAAAUACUACCGUUCUAAACUGACUGUUGAUCCAGAGCGACAAUUACUAUUAUUUAUCGCUUCAACUGGUGCUAUGUGCAAUGUAAUGUGGAAAUGGCGCUUAGACCGUGAUUGCAUUUAAGUUCAAAUCGUCAAUACACUAAAUCUACAGUGUAUGCAUAUUAAAUGCGCCAUCAAGCCCGGUGCGAAAUGAAUUUUUGUCGAUGUCGAAACGAUGUCGGUAUGACAUCGUAAGUCGAAAUUGUGCACAAGUUUGAGUCCUUGACGACUCAAACCUGUGUCUCAUUUCGACUUUCUACAUCGUAAAUCGUUACGCACUGGGAGGUCUCACGUUUUGUGCGUAUUUCUACUCCUACUGAAGCUAAGUAAAUUUCGUUUGACGCCUUUGUAAACCGUAUCUGACUUGGCAUCAUCGUCUUUGAUGACGGGUUUAGAAACAAAUGAGAUGUGAUAUGUAAAACUUGUAUUUCUUCUUUCCUGCGCUGCGGGUGAGAAUGAAGACUUACUUGUAAUACAGCCAUC